AGGAGAGCAAAAGUGCCCCAGACCACCUCCCAGCCCAGCUAGCAACUAGCAACAGGAACUUAUCUCGCGCAAUACGUGGAGCCCUUCCUUAUUUCUCACAGAGGAAGUAUGAGCCUUGUUUAGCAAGAACGGCGUUUCAUGAUAGGCUGCCGAACUCUGCAAAAAGCCUCACUUCGCUCAGCUGUGUGCAUCAGAACUGAACCUGCUUUCCCCUCUGGCGUUUCCAAGCGACAUGGAAGCCAGGAGCCGCUGGUGAAAGGAAGAAGCAAAGGAAGAGGGGCGGGGAACUAUGCUUGGCAUCUAAACGCAAGCUCUGAAACUCGCGUUUUGAAGGAAGAACAAUGGGGAACACUAUAAGAACGACAAAAACCACGCCUGAGAUAAAUAUCACACCCUGGCAAUCUGGCCAAAGAAGUGACUUCCUUGCUGUCCUUGACAACUACCCUGCUCCCGAUAUAAGCCAGCCUAUAUUUCACGUUGGAGAAAAAUUGCGGGUGAUAUCAGACGAAGGGGGCUGGUGGAGAGCCCGUUCCCUCACUACAGGUCAAGAAAACUACAUCCCAGAGAAGUGUGUAGCAAAAGUUUACCACGGUUGGUUAUUUGAAGGUCUGGGAAGAGAAAAAGCUGAAGAACUUCUGCUGCUUCCCAAUACCAGAAUUGGCUCGUUCAUGAUUAGAAAGAGCGAAACAACGAAAGGUUUAUAUUCGUUGUCAGUCCGGCACGUACAAGUGAAACAUUACAGAAUCUUCCGCCUGCCAAACAACUGGUAUUAUAUCUCUCCUCGGCAAACUUUCCAGUGCCUUGAGGACCUUGUAAAUCACUAUUCUGAGGUAGCCGAUGGCCUCUGCUGCACACUCACCACUCCCUGUCUCACCCAACACACGAGCAGCAACGAAGUAAGGAAUCAAGAGCCGAGGAACCAAGAAACCCCCGUCGUGAUGCGCAGCAAGACCUUCUCAUGGAAGGAUAAACAGAGAUCAACUGAAGAUGACAGUGACAUUGUAGACAUUCUUGGAAUAGAGGACUCUGGCCUGAGCUUUGGGCUGAGGAACAGCAUCAGUUCCUAUCUUGCCCUAACUGGAGAAACUGACUCUUACACAAACAACAGGAAGCAGAAAAGCCGGUCUGUCAUAUUACGGAACAAGUUCGAACCACCCUUCAUUUAUCACGAGAACCGAUCCUGAUAAAGCAGAAGGUGGCCAGGAAGAAACUUAAGAUACUCCAUGUUCAAACGACAAAAUUUUUGCACUGUUGGGAGAUAACGCGACCACCAUUUUUUUCCAGUCCACAAGAGACCAUGUCCUCGGGGACAGAGCCUGGAGACUGGGCUUAAAGUGUACAGCGAAAAGCAGUAGACGCCGACUGAUAAGGAAAGCUCUUUCAGGAAUGGCUCUGGUUGCGAGAACAAAGAAACGUGUAUCCACCAGGUCGUUCAGGUUUGGCUAGUUACUAUUUCUAUAGGCUCUUAUCCAAGUCAAAGGCACUUCUUCCCCCACAAUGCACACUCUAUUUAUAAUAGGCGCGAGUUAUGCACAGCAGUACACCAUCACAUGCAUUUUAGGUCAUAGAACUGGAAUAUUAUCAGAUCUUAAUCUUCUGCCCUGAGGAAUUUUUGUUCCAAACAUCAGGCCUUCCUCUGACCUGGCCAGACCACACAAGACCUUUAGCAGAGUUCAUCACACAAAGGAGAGUUCGUCACACAGCUUCAGAUAAUCCAAAGCUUGGGUUAUUUUGCUUAUCAAAAUCAGGUGGUACGGCCCUACCCUGUACCUCAGAAUGCGGCCGGAAGAAUCAUUUCUUUUUUACAAUUCCAUGUAAGAAGAAAGCUAACACAGGGAG